UCGCAGUUCCUCUUUUAUUCCCUCGCCCUCUCUCUGCCCUGACAGAUUCGUGCUGAUAUCAGAUUGAUGGGUCGGUUUGAUUGAAGUCUCUUUGUCGUGCUCAUGUCACUGCUAGUGAUGGAUGAGGCGCGUGCGCAAACGCACGCGCGCGCACGUUUAAGUCCUCCCCGUCCCUCAAGUCUCUGUUUGACGCUCACGCGCACGCGCGUACAGUGGAUCCCUGGCCUCGUCCAGCGGCCAACAAACUUGUGAGCCUUUUGGUCACCCUAGGCGACGUGACGACUAGUCACGUGACCCGGGCAGAGGUAAGAAAAGAAGUGACACGAAAAACAGAGGGGGGAGACGCAAAAGAGGAAAGCCGCGUAUAAGAAGAAAGUCAAUUAAGCUUACAGGAUGAAAGAAGACGGACUAUAAACCCGUGUGACCACGAAGAGGUGACUUGACGCUUUUAUGCCCCUUAGCUUUGUUUUAUUUUUUAUUUUUUAAAUCAUCACCGAACCUCAAAAUUUCGCUCGCAUAAUUGAUUUGGUCACAUCGUCGAGGCCUUCCUUUUGCAUAACCAUAUUGGUACACGUUCGCACGCCCGCAUGCGCACACACGCUCACACAAGCGGAGACCAUUACUUAUGUCUGAUUCAAUUUGGGGGGAGCAGUCUCCGCUUUUCCCGAUUUUUUUACAGCAUAGUUUUUCCAUGCAACUCACCUUCCUUGCAAGCAAGUCAUUUUUGAACAAUAUAUUUUUCCGAAUUGUUGUAUUUUCCCCAAAUAUUUGUCCCUAAGAGUCUGCAUGGACACAUCGAAUAUGAACUCAUUUUUGCAAUAUUCAGUUAGUAAUCGAUCCUAUUGUAGACCUAAAUCUGGAUACAAUCAGCAUUUGCAUCACCAUCCCGCGGAUCAGCAUCACGGUUUCCAGUUGACCAACGACAACAUCCACUCGGGUCACUCCUCUCCGCAAGCUCCCAUCACCGUGUCGAGAGGUUCCAGACUAAAUUACAACGUAGAUGAACGCGUGCACGCGACCGCUGACGGCGGAGGACCGAAUGAAACGACAGGGCCGGCCCAACAUCACGAACAACCACCUCAUCACGAGCAUCAGCAGAGGCAGAAUGGCUUCUAUCAUCCACUUUACGACCCCCAAAGUGGAUUAUUGUCUUCCUAUCAUAACGGAACUACUGUCAAUAACGGAGCCUAUUCGGAGCAGGCCUGCACCACAAACGCUGACUACAUGACAACUACGGGGCCUACUAACAGCAUCCAUCCUCAAUAUUUCAUGGACGAGCCAGCAACAUCGACAUACUAUCAUCAAUCAACAUUUUCUACUUCGGCCCCCACCGUUGGUCCAAACUAUGGAACCCUGACUGCAGCCUAUUGUGGGCCGCAGGGCUCCCUACUCGGUUCCCAAUACCCGCCUCAGGUCGACGCAGCGGGUUACUUGGGACAUCCAAACGUGGGAGGAUAUGGAGAGGUACCUGUCUCACUGGAGCGAGAGAGGGAGGACGAGGAGAAUCAGCAAGCCGGACGGGGGAAAACAUUCGACUGGAUGAAGGUGAAAAGGAAUCCACCUAAAACAGUUAAAGCGUCUGACUUCGGCUUGGCUGGUGCGAACAACAUCAACACCAUGCGCACCAACUUCACCACGCGGCAGCUCACAGAAUUGGAGAAAGAAUUCCACUUCAGCAAGUAUCUGACGAGGGCACGGCGAGUGGAAAUCGCUGCCACGCUCGAGCUGAAUGAGACCCAGGUGAAGAUUUGGUUCCAGAACAGGCGCAUGAAGCAGAAAAAGCGCGAGAAGGAAGGCACGUCCACGCCGGUGCGCGCGUCCUCUUCGGGCUCGGUCAACACUGGGAUGGGAUUCAACAAGGUACUGGAGGAAACGGACCGCUCCUCUGCAUCCACGUCACCAGAUGCGUCUCCUGACUCGGAGUAGAGUCGGAGUUUGCUCAAUGGGCCCCGGAUAAAAGUUCAAUAAAGCCAUGGACAUGACUUUCAUUCGCGUGUGAUCAAUUCGCUUAGACACGUGUAUCCAAAUGAUUCAGUAUGCAACCAACAUCCACAUGAUGUAACAGCUGAUUUUAAUGUAAAUGGGUGAUAAACAUCAAUGCAAAAAUUGACAACUACACUAUUUGAUAAAUUAUAUUUUUCGUUUAUUUAUUGUCUGUCAAAUAUCUUAAAUUGCUGUUCUGUUUCACAAUAAAGAAUAACCUCAAUGCACAAUGACGAGGGUCAAAAGAAAUGUUUUAUUUUUGAAACGUUGGAUACUUUGCUCUUAAAAUGUUUGCAAGUAAUAAGUCAGCGUUAGAGUUAGAAAAAUAAAAAGUAGGGCUUUGCUUUGAGGAAUAACUCCUGCCAAUGCCAAGUAUGAGUAUUGCUUCAUUUCAGUUAACAUUGUUGACAACGAUUUGCUUUGGGCAUUUUUGGGCACUUACAUUUAUUUUAAUUUACAGUACAGUGACCCAAUCUUCCUAUGAUGCAUUUAUAUGUUGGACAGCAUAUAUGGUAAAAGAAGAAAAUGGAUGAAUCCUCUUUAUUGUCAUGACUUUUAUAAUUCGUACAGAUGAAUGAAAUUUGUGCUCUACAUUGUGAAAGAAUUUUUCUGUGUUUUGCUCAAGGGCUGUCUUUUGAGAAUUGUAGCUUGAAUCACAAAGACAAUUCAUCUUUUUAAAAAAGCCAUAGCGGACAGCUCAGAAUGGAAUUCCUGAUUGACAUUUGUGUUUUUUUAGGUACUAUGUGAAAAACAGCACUGGUCAUGCUAUCUGUUUCUCAUUUGCCUUUCCACACAUAUCAUGCACCAUGGUAGAAAGAGAAAGAUAAAAUCAGAAACAUUUCCUCAUAUUCUUUGAACUGCGACACACUGAAUGAUUUACAUGCAUGAUUUAUUUAACUUGUCCUAGUUCGAUUCAGGGAUGUAACAAUGUUUGCACUGAUGAAGGACAAACUGUUGAAAAAAAAAGUCUGGAGAGGUCUGUCUUUCCCAGCUGAGAAUGUGAAGUCAUUUCACUGCCUGUCAGUUAUGCCAUGAGAGUCACGUUUUGUUUGUUUGUUUGUACGCAUAGAGUGAGGCCUCACUCUAAACAAUGAUGCUGUCUCAAUUAAAAGCCACCAUCAACAAUAAUGAGGCCAUUCUCUUGAAGAACGUCACCAUAUACAU